CCCAUUUACUCUAAACCCCUAUACCCUAUACCCUAUUCCCUAACCCCAAUACCCUAAACCCUAUUCCCUAACCCCUAUACCCUAAACCCUAUUCCGUAACCCCUAUACUCUAUUCCAUAUUCCCCUAACCCCUAUACGCUAUUCCCACACCCUACCCCUGUCUUAUCUCCUCAUCCAGUACCCCAGCCUCUCUACCAGGGAGACACCAGUCUACAGCAUCAAGUUCUCCAGUACUAGCAGGUCCAGUCGUCAUCAUGUUCUAUGGGUCGUCCUCUACCUCGGGGGCCUCCAUGUCGCUGCCCUCCAAGAGCCGUCUCAAACGCCAGAGCAGAACUUUCACGCAGGUUCUGUACCGGACUCUGAGUUACCGGGAUCGUCCCCCGGCCGACCACACCUCCCGAGACCGCCGCUCCGUCACCGAACCCCCCGACGACCGUCCCCGUGACGACCCCGCGGAACUCUCCACCCAGAGCUCCGCCCCCGGCGUCCUGAAGAUCUUCGGAGAUGAGAUCUGCGAGGGCGCCAACUACAAGUCCGUCCUCGCCACGCCCCGGUCCAGCGCACAGGAACUGGUCAAAGAGGCGCUGGAACGCUAUUCGCUGAACAAAGCCUCCGCCCACUCCUACGUCCUCUGCGACGUGAUAGGUCAGCUGGAGGGGGGAGGAGGUCAGGAGGGAGGAGAGGGGGAAGGAGUAGGACAGGGGGAAGGAGGGGGGUGGAGGACGGAGUGUCUGCGGGCGAUGGGCGACAACGAGAAACCGUUGUUGUUACAGGAACUAUGGAAGCCCAGAGAGGGACAUGCCAGGAGGUUUGAGCUGCGGAGGAGAGCGGAGGUAGAGGAGCUGAACGCUAAGGAGAAGGAUACGGUCACUGCAGAUAUCAACGCCCAGGCUAGGAAGCUACAGAGGAACAGAACUAAAGGGACUCUGACACUACCUCGACCUGGGACCACCUUCUGCCGCUCCCUCAGUGAGACCAGUCUCAACCAGUUGGGGGGUGCAGACGAGCCGAAGCGUUACUACUCCACCCUGCGACCUCUGAGGGCGAGGGGGAGUCAAGGGGGGGCCACGACCAGGAGGAAGGAGGGAGAGGGGGGAGGAGCGGGGGGAGGAGGGGUGAGACAUUCCCUCUACCAGUCCCCUCACCUGUUGCUGCUGCAGGGAUACAACAGACAGGACUGCCUGGUGUACCUGUUGAACAGAGAGCAGCACACUGUGGGUCAGGAGACCCCGUCAGCCCGUCCAAACAUCUGCCUGUCCUCUCCUGACAUCCUGCCACUCCACUGUCGCCUCCACCGGGUCCCUGCCCCCCGUCGCCAUGCCAGCACACCCAACAACAACAACAACCCCUCAGCAGCCGCCGCCGCAGUCACCGGGGACGACCGCUCCUGCGUUGCCGUGGAGCCCAUCCCUCACGCGACGGUCCUGGUCAACUUCUCCCGGUGCGAGCAAUCCACCCAGCUCCGCCACGGCGACCUCCUGUCGUUCGGAGCCCACUACAUCUUCCUGUAUAAGGACCCAACGGGUGCCAAACCCCUCCCCGCCCAGACACUGGCACGCCUCCGAACCCUGGGGCAGCUGUACGAGGCUGGGGGAGGGGGGGUGGAGACGGAGGGUGGGACGGAGGGGGGAGGGACCUGUAAGACGUGUGGCUCGUUGUUAAAGGACAAGGGGGCGUUGUCCUCCCAAACCGGCCCCCCCGCCAGGCGCAGUUUCAAACCACACCUGGUGAAACCCCAAGGCGGGGGGGCGGGGGGGACAGGCGUCGUAACGACGAUCUUGGCGGGACAGAACCAGAAGAGACGCCUACAGCUCGACUUUGAACAGGCCCACGAGGACGCCCUGGUGAGCAGGAUCAUGUGUCUGAUCGAGCCGGGCGGAGACGACCACAAGUUAACCCCUGCCUACCUGCUGUGUCUCUGCAUACAGCACUCUGCUUCCGCCUUCCCACCAGGCUGCUUCGGCAAAUUGCUGCUGAAGAUAGUACGAUGCAUACAGACCGUCUCCUGGGAGAAGACAAAGGAAUUGGCACAGAAGCAAGCUCAGCAUCAGGACCCGGCCUCCCUGUCUCUCCUGUCCAUCAGUGAUCUGAUUCCAGACCUGCAGGUCGUAUUCUUCUGGAUGUCCAACAGUAUAGAGAUCCUCUACUUCAUCCAACAGAAGGCCCCAGCAUACACACAGGGCAUAGAGACGCUCGACUCUAAAGGUUCCAAGGAGUCGUUGCUAUCGGCGACCAUCUCAGCCAAUGAGGAGGCUAUGACCAUCCUGGAGGAAGUGAUCAUGUACACCUUCCAGCAAUGUGUCUACUACAUCACCAAGUCCCUGUACGUAGUACUUCCUGUCUACUGGACUGUGUUCCAGUACAGUCAGGAGCUACUCCAGGGGUACCAGGUCCACCCAGAGGUCCAGGCCCAGAUGUUCUCCUACCUCUUCUUCUUCUCCAACGUAUCCCUCUUCAACCAGCUCAUGGACAAGGGUCCGUCGCGGGGCUGGUUCCAGCGCUCUAAGGUUCUCCAGGUACAGGCCUGUGUCAGGAUGGUUCUAGAGUGGACUAGGAAGGCGGGGCUUAGUUACCUGGCAGACAAGUUCUUCAACAAGUUCAACAGCGCUGUCAGCAUCCUGGCCACACCUCCUCAGCAACUAACACAGAUGAGUUGGAAGGUGCUGUGUGCAGACCACCCCAGUCUGAAGCCGGUUCAGCUGCAUGGCCUGUUGACUCAGUACCAGUUGACAGCUGAGAUGGGGCCUGUUCCAAUCUGGCAGCCCAGCAGUGAGGAUGAGGCAUACAUAUACAGGACAGUGGACCUUUUGGAGAGUUUCGAGAACCACCCCCCCAUCGUCCUCCCCAGUGGGGGGUUCAGUGUGGACCUGGACAGUGACUGUCUAGAGGACAGCAUCUAUAGGCAACUGCUCUAUGUGAGACACUUCCUCUGGGGGCUACGCACACACACUCACACACACACUCACACACACCCCACUGUCAACAGCACACACACUCACACACACCCCACUGUCAACAACACACACACUCACACACACCACACACACCCCACUGUCAACAACACACACACUCACACACACCCCGCUGUCAACAACACACACACACACCCCGCUGUCAACAACACACACACUCACAAUCCCACCGCGGUUAACGGGACUGGAACGAGCACGAGCACCGGGACGAGUACCACACCCGCAGACUGGCAGGAAGCACAGAGGGAGUUCCCUCCGUCCCACAACAGUCCCCGGUCAGGAGGGGUGGAGGAGUGGGUGAGGGACAGAACCCCAGGCCAAUGUCACAACAGUGUGAGGAGAAAUGGCACCGCCCCCCAACUCCGGCCGACAAACCAUGACCCUUCGUGCCUCCUGACUUCGCCCAACACGCCCCGGAACCCCGAGGGGGGUGGGGCUGACCUGGAUGGACACGCCCCCCAGGUCAACGGCUGCAGUAAUAGCAGACCUUCAACGGACAGGAAGAAAAGCAACGGACUAGAGGGUAGUUUAUGUGAGUUCCCCUUCCCUGUGCCUCCCGAGGCCCUGCUACCUGAUGAUGAGUGUUGUCUGGUGUUUGUAGUGGAGCUGAACAAGGGACCAUACGGACUGGGCAUGGGACUCAUAGACGGACUGCACACGCCUCUGAAUGCUCCAGGGAUCUAUAUCAGAACUCUGAUACCAGACGGUCCGGCGGAGUCUGACGGGAGGCUGAGGAUUGGAGACCGGAUACUAGCGGUUAACGGGACCAGCCUGAUAGGAGCAGACUACCAGAGUGCUGUGGAUCUGAUUCGUCUAGGCGGAGGCCGUCUGCGUUUCCUGGUGGCCAAGUCAGACCUGGAGGUCUCAGAGAAGAUCAGCGCUUCGUCCUGCUGACUGGAGGGAACGGCGGGAAUCUCCAGGGAAACCGCUGCUCCCACAGCUCCACCAGGAGAGACUAGGAAGAGAGGAGAUGGAUUCCAGGGAACCGCUGCCCCUACAGCUCCACCAGGAGAGACGAGGAAGAGAGGAGAUGGAUUCCAGGGAACCGCUGCCCCCACAGCUCCACCAGGAGAGACGAGGAAGAGAGGAGAUGGAUUCCAGGGAACCGCUGCCCCUACAGCUCCACCAGGAGAGGCGAGGAAGAGAGGAGAUGGAUUCCAGGAAGAUGGACAGAUCCUGGAACGAGGAGAUGGAUUCCAGGAAGAUGGACAGAUCCUGGAACGAGGAGAUACUCUCCUGGGAGAGAGACGGAGCUUUCCUUCAGUCCCUAGUAUCACAUGCACAGACACACACACAUCAGCCUCAUCCUCAGAACUCAGACGGUGAUGGUUGGAAAAAAAA